CCCACUCUAUGCUAUAUUCCCUUUCGAAAGGCAUGGAGUUCCAGAGACAGGAGUAUUUCCGAAUCUUUGACACCGUCCGACGUCCUUCACUUCUUGCCGCAGCCUGAAGGGGGUUGGGGGUAUUGGAAAUCACUGCCUUCGUUGUGAAGCGCCAACGUUUAAAAAGGCCUUUGGGACACUCAGAAUCUACUUAUGAUGUACAAAAAGAGUGCUGCCAUUGUCUGUUUCUGAGAAACUAGCGAAAGGUUACUCCUAUCUGUUGGCACGUGACAACACAAUUUGAGUGAUUGAAAGCAAACAUCACCAGCAUGUUGGUUCUUAUUGUCCUUCUGGAGAUAUUCUUGACGGAAGCUGCAGGCGGUGACAUAUACAGCAAUGGAGGUGAGGCACUUCUGAAAACUACCGAUCCACCUAAAAAUGGAUAUAAAUCGGCAUUGAAAGAUGUGUUUUGGCCAUUUGUUUCAAAAAAAUCUACUUCAGGAAAGUAUGAUAAAACUUAUAUACCUCCAGACAAAGCAGUUCCACUGGAUGUUGUCCCUGCCGAAAAACACAGCCUGCCUGCUAACCGUGUUUGUAAGGACAGAAGGGGAAUCUGCAAAGGACCCUGUAGGGAAGGUUUCAAUAGUUUCAAUAAUGUCUGCUACAAAUACAUCUACCACAAAAUGGACUUUGCCAGUGCAGAGCUGUUUUGCCAACAAGAGUAUUCCGGUCACCUUGCCUCUAUACACUGCCGCUUAAACUAUCUGUUUGUUACUGACAUAAUAAGGGAAUCAUAUUUUGAUUGUCCACAAACUUGGAUUGGCCUCACUGAUGCUACCAAAGAAGGAUACUUCCUUUGGACUGAUGGAACAAAACUGGAUCAUACAGCAUGGUCUAAAGGAGAACCUUCUGACCUGAUUGGACACCAAAAUUGUGUGGUACUUGACCGUAAAGGUUAUUUCCUCUGGACGGAUGAAGAGUGUAGUAAAGAGUUAAACUUUGUCUGUGCAUAUGCUUUACCCUGCAAAUAAAAAUGUGGCAUUAAUCCAGAGAGGGCAAAUCCAAUCUCUGUAUAAUGCCAUUUUGCAUG